AUGGCGCAAUUUGAGGAAGGGCGGAUGGCAAUGAAUAUGCACCGAAAAUCCCCAGCAAGUGAUGUAAUGCUCAUGUAUGAAGCCAACCCUUCCGCUGCUGAGAAGGCCGUGGCAGAAGCGAAUGGUAAUAUUACCAUUGCCCCCGGACUGGGCUUGCUUUCUAGAGACAGUACGGUUUUCUCCGAUUCGAAUAUCGACAUGAGCUCAGGGCUAACUGUCAAUACUAGGACUUCAUAA